AUGCAGCUGGAACUGUUGGCACUGGCAGUGAUCAUCAUCAGCUCCAUAGGUCACAGUGACAACAUCAAAUUGUCCAACGGGAGGAGGCAAAGACGGAUAAGCACUGAGGUGGUGCCAUCUUGCUCCUCUGGCUGUGAAAACUGCUCCGAAUACAACGGCUGUCUGAAAUGUAAACCACGACUCUUCAUCCUGCUGGAGCGGAAUGACAUCCGUCAGAUCGGGGUGUGUCUCGCGGCCUGUCCCGUCGGCUAUUACGGCAUGCGGAAUCGGGAUAUGAACAAAUGCACACCAUGUAAAAUAGAAAAUUGUGAGACGUGUUUUAGCCGAAAUUUUUGUGCGAAAUGUAAGGAGGGCAUGUAUUCGCACCGAGGGCGAUGUUACCAAAGCUGUCCAGAGGGCUUAAGCACUGUCAACAGUACCAUGGAGUGUGCAGGUGAGCAUACAGUACAAUGUGAGCUGGGUGAGUGGAGCCCGUGGGGUCCCUGUAUGAAGAAGAAUAAAACGUGUGGCUUUAAAAAGGGCAACCAGACUCGUAUGAGGGAGCCCGUUCAACCCACCAGUACGGACACGUCCACCGGCCCCGCGCCACCCGCUGCCUGCGCCCCAGAGACUGAAACCCAGAGGUGCACCGUUAAGAAGAGGAUCCCGUGCGAAAGAGACAAGGGGAAGAAAAAAACCGACAAGAAAGACGACCCAAAGAACAAACAGAACGGCAAAACCCAAGGCCGGGAACCCAAAGAGAGUAGCAAAGGGAGCGGCAAACAGAAGAAGACACCGACCCGAGCGACCACCACACCCGCCAUGACAACCAGCUCCACAAACUAA